AUGAGGAAAUGCACGCAGAGACUGAAGCGGAGCAGGGAAGAAAGUCCAGACAGAACGUGCAUAACUCUAGUGAGAGCCACUCUUCUGCCAAUUCUAAGCAUCGGUAAGAAUGAGAAAACAACAUUGUUUCAUCCGUUUAAGAACCCAUUACCAGGAUUCGUAAGUGACAAAAGUUUAUAUGUAAAGAAGACGUUAGGAGUAAAGGUAAGACGAACAGGAUGGAUAAACUUGAUGAAGAACUCGAUUCCAAGAAGAUCAGACGAAAGAGAAAUAGAUGAUCAGGAUAAGAACAAAAUAGAUGAAAUAAAAAAAGAUUUCGAACCAUUAAUCCUGUAUGAAAAUGAAAAUACUAAAAUUGAAGUAGAUCCUAUUUUAGCUCAAUUUUUGAGAGAACAUCAAAGAGAAGGAGUUACAUUCGUUUUUGAAUGUUUGAUGAAUUUGAAAGAUGAUAAUAUAAGUGGAUGUAUACUUGCAGAUGAUAUGGGACUUGGAAAGACAUUACAAAGUAUAUCUGUGUUGUAUACAUUACUAAAACAAGGUAUCCAUAAAAAACCAGCAGUUAGAAGAUGUCUUAUUUUAUGUCCAGCUAGCUUAAUCAAUAACUGGAAUGAUGAAAUUAAUAAAUGGCUACCUGGUAGAUGUAAUGUGACAUGUGUAAAUGAUAAUGCAAAAGAAAAAAUUGUAAGUAAAUUAGAAGGAUUCAAAUAUGAUCAAAAAUCAACAGUUAUUAUUUGUUCUUAUGAAUGCUUUCGAAUAAAUAAUGAAGCAUUGGACAAAUCGUCCAUAGAUAUGAUUAUAUGUGAUGAAGCACAUCGAUUAAAAAAUGAUAAGACAAAGACAUAUAUAAGUAUAUAUCAAUUGGCAGCAAAGAAGAGACUUCUAUUAUCUGGAACUCCCAUUCAAAAUGACUUGGGAGAAUUCUUUGCUUUAAUUUCUUUAUGCAAUCCUGAUGUAUUCCAUGAUACUAACUUAUUUAGAAAAAAAUUUGCAAAUCCAAUUCUCAUUGGUAGAGACAAAGAUGCAACAGAAAAAGAACAACAAAUUGCAUCAGAACGAUUGGCUGAAUUGUCAAAUAUUACAAAUAAGUUUAUUCUUAGAAGGACUAAUAAUUUACUCUCCAAAGUUUUACCACUAAAAUAUCUUAUCAAUAUUUUUAUUAAAUUAAAUCCUAUUCAAGAAGCAUUAUAUGUGCUAUUUUUGAAAAAUAAAAAAAUUCUCAAAAAUGAAAACUCUAAUAAUAAAGUCAAUGUGCUUAUCAAUAUUAAAAAGUUAGAAAAAAUAUGCAAUCAUCCACUACUUCUGAAUGGAAAUGACAUGAAGGACGCAGGCCACAUUCCUCUCUCUAAACUUAUAGAAGAUGUUGUCAAAGAAGUAGAAAAAAAAAAAACGGAAAGAGGUAGCAAACGAAGGAACAACAGCACCAGCGGUAGUUGCAACCCUGUACAGGGGAAGCCGCUUACUAUGUCGGUGGGAGAGGAUAAUACAACGUGGAGAGAUAGGGAUAGAGAUAGGAGGAAACCUGUUGAAAUGGAUUACGACAAACCCGUGAAGAGAUUGCUGGAAGAGUGUAAGAGAGACAUAUACCACUCGUACUACAACAUGUCGUGUAAAUUUCAGCUUUUGCAUUUUCUUUUAAAAACAAUAAAACAAGAAACAACAGAUAAAGUGGUAAUUGUAAGCAAUUACACACAAACAUUAGAUUAUAUGGAAAUAUUAUGUAAAGAAAAUUUUUACAAAUUUGUUCGUCUAGAUGGAGGAAUAAGUAUUAAAAAAAGACACAAAGUGAUAAAUGAUUUUACCCAUUCAUCUGAUAUUUUCAUAUUCUUACUCUCAUCUAAAUCUGGAGGAUGUGGAAUUAAUUUAAUAAGCUCCAAUCGAUUAAUUCUUUUAGAUCCAGAUUGGAAUCCUGCAAAUGAUAAGCAAGCAUUAGCAAGAGUAUGGAGAGAAGGGCAAAAAAAAAUUUGUUACAUUUACAGAUUAUUUUGCACGGGAACCAUUGAUGAAAAGGUGUAUCAACGUCAGAUAAGUAAAGAUGGAUUAUCAUCAAUGAUUGUUACAAACACAAAUUUAUCAAAAGAUCAAAUGUCAGAUGAAAAUGUGAAAAAACUUUUUAAUUACAAAAUGAAUACUAUCUGUGAGACACAUGAUAAUAUCGAAUGUACUAGAUGUAAUUUUAAAAAUCCUCAGGGAAAUUAUUCAGAACAGUUGGAAGAUUUUGAAGAAGAAGAUGUUAAUACUUGGGCUCAUCACCAAAAUAUAGAAACAGUUCCAGAUCCAAUCUUAGUAAAAGCUGUACAAGCAGCAACCGAGUUUAAGAGUAAUGAUAUGUCCAACUUCCCCCUCUUGAAAAAACUUUCAAAUUUAUUUAUCACUUUUGCCAUGAGUUGCAAGAUUGAGUUUAGGGAUGACUUGAUUAAGCAAAAGGCUAAGCAGAUGCAGAUCAAGACGGAAGCUGGAAAAGAUCCAACACUCCCCGGGGUCUAUUCUGAAGAAGGAGAAGCGGAAGAAGAGGAAGAAGUGGAAGAAGAAGAAGAAGAAGAAGAAGAAGAAGAAGAAGAAGAAGAAGAAGAAGAAGAAGAGGAAGAAAUGGAAGAAGAAGAAGAAGAAGAAGAAGAAGAGGAAGAAGAAGAAGAAGAAGAAGAAGAAGAAGAGGAAGAAGAAGAAGAGGAAGAAGAAGUGGAUGACGAAGAAGAGGAUGAUGAAAAAGCGGAAGAAGAAGCAGAAGCUGAGGAUGAAGAAGCAGAUGACGAAGAAGAGGAUGACGAAGAAGCUGAUGACGAAGAAGCUGAGGAGGACGAUCCCUCAGAAAGAACGCUUAAAAAAGAUUACAAACACAAGAUCAUGGAAAUAAUGGAAUAUCAACGAAUAAGGAAGAAAGAGAAAGGCACGAACGAACCGAAGAAAAGAAUACAAGAGGAAAAUUUUGACAUAGAAACAGAAACCAAGGGGGAGGAAAAAGAGAAACAAGCACAUGCUAGAAGUAGAUCUCUUCCAGAGAAGGAUGAUGACAAAAGAGAAGAUCAUGAGGAGUUGUCAAUCGUGAGGAAAGAAGCAAAUCAAAAUAAUGAUAGCAGAAUGAAUAACCACACAAAGUCUAAAUCAGAUGAAAGAAUCAUCGACCAAGAAGAGCAACACUCCUCCAAACGGAUCACACGAAAUAUGACACAAAAAAAUUUAAUGGAACUCUUGUCACAGGACGAAGAAUCCAAGGUAACUCUCUCCAUGUCCGAAGAUGUAGAUGCAUCUGUUGAAAAUGUCAGCACAGAUAGUUCGUACUUUAUAUGA